CUUCCCUCAUUACACAUUGGAAGUCGAAAAGUGCGUUGUUGUGCUAGAAAUUUUUUAUAUGCUCUAAUUUUUAAUUUUUAUUAGAAAAAUUAAACGCGAAAUGCUAUCGUAAUCAAGAUAAAAGUGAUGAGAACGAUUCUGUAAGUGAAGGUUAGUUAGAUGAUAAUAAAUUUUCAAAAAAUCAGCUGAAAGCCCCAUUGAGGCCAGCAAAAAUAAAAAUAUAAUGAAUACAUAUACAAGGAGAACCGUAUUUGUGUGAUUCGAACAAAGUAUUAGUGCAAUUCAAAGAAAAUACGAAAAUAAACGAAAGGAAGAAUAUUUGAAAUUAUGGAAUAACAUUGGAGUUGGUAUUAUAUAUUCGUCUUGAAGUUUCUUUUUGGGUGUAAAAAAUUCGAUUCGAUGGUGACAUCUUUAAUUCUUCACGCGAUUGAAUUGAGAAUUAGGUAAAUCGAAGGAACGAGAUAACUAAUAGAAAAAAUAAUGAAUAGAGCAAUUGUAAGGGACCGAAGCAUAUAAGAAGCGAAACAGAUAAAGAGCAAGCAUAAAUAAAGAACAUACACACACGCAAUCAAGCUCCAAAAAAAAGCAAAUAAAUAUAUACGCAGUACUUGUAAACGGGCAACGCUAAGCAUUAAACAACGAGCAAGUCGUCGAAGAAAAACUGGCUAAAGAGCUGUGAAAGAAGUUUAUACAAGAAGACAACGUAGAAAUAAAAGAAAAUAUAAAAAUCACUUGCUGUACGAGUUUGGAAAUCGACAUAUUCGUUGACAAACUCGCCUAUUACAAAAUCAUAAAGGACCAAGUAUCCACAAGUAUAUGGAGGUUGGAUGGAAAUAAGCAACUCCUUGAGUUCCAGCUGAUUUAUGAAUAAACGAAAUCAGCUUUCCCAUGAAAUUUUGCUGUUGAACUUUAAAUUUUGCUAUACUAGCAAAGUUCAUAUUAAUCAAUCAUCAGCCAAAUUGCUGGAUGGUUCACUAUCAAUAACAUUUUUGUGAUUGUGUGCAAUAACUCGAUUCCUAUGCCGAUCGCCACAACCACCAGCAAAGCGCACAGCAAUCACUCUUAAAGCCUCUAUAUCCUCCUUUGUUUACGCUCUCUCUUUUACCCCGCUGAGCCAUACGCUUUCGUUUCAACUGCACUUCGGCGCUAUAAGGGAAGAAAUAUCAACCAAUACCUAUACUCUUUGAAGCACUGCCAAUAGCUUGGGUCAUCACACACACAUCGCACACUACCGGUGGUUAACCACAAUUUCAGGAUGUUGUAUGUGUUCAAUGUCGACAUUGGACGUAUGAUGUCCUUUGACAUGACAGUGGCACUGUCUUCUGUCGAAAACCUUAAGGAGACCAUCGAGCGCCUUCAUGGCAUACCGGCUGCAAAUAUUGUGCUAUUGGUGAGCGGCGGUGAGAUGCUGGCCCCAUCUACACAGGUGUCUUACUAUUCGGCUGGCACCGAUACGAAUCCCAUCUAUAUGUUUAUGACUGGGGAGCCACGUGCGCCACCGCCGUUGCAGCCAAAUGAACCCGAUCGAGAUUUGAGUGAACAGGUGGAGCGAUGCAAGCAAAUGCCACCAAUAUAUUCUUCGGUGGAGAAACGUGCUCAAUUGGCACUGAAGAUGUUCGAGUACGCCCGCGAUGAGGAGCGCCUUUCUGAGCGACUGGUGCACGAGCAGCAUCUACAACAGCAAGGUUGGCAGACUGUUGUAGCCAAUAUGGAGGAUUUGAUUGGGGAAUUUAGGCAACGCUUUAAAAACUUUAGUUCGGCCUUCGAACGACAUCUGGAAAAUCGCGAAAAUUAUCUGGAGUUAUUACAUAACUUCAACGAUGACUUGACCAUGUUGGCACGCAUUCCCAUUUUACCUGGCUUAAUGUCUUUGGCUGAGGAAGAUUUCCAUGGAUUCGAUGAAUUUCUGGAGCCCGACGAUGUAUUUUCGCGGUCUCAUUCAACACAAGAAUCGGUGCUAGUGGCAGGUGGUAUUCCUGCUCAACAAACGGUAAGCGGUGAACAGCCUGAGGAGACGGCUGAGCCAGAUGGGGAGGAUAAUAACACCGCCGAUGAUAAAAAUUCAACAUCGCCCAACAAGAAACUGAAAAUGGGUACAGAUUCAGCUGAGGAUCCAAUGACAACGGCGGCGACGACCACUUCGAUACCAACCGUUAAUCAUGAAAGUUCGUCUAACAGUUGCACGCGCCCCAAACUGAAUCUCUUACAGUGGAUUACAUCCAAAGAGAAUCAAAAUCGGCUUAUGACCAUGUGUGAGGAAUGUAUCCAAGGUCUAGCAACUUUCGAUAAGGAUGUCUACGCCCAGCUCAGGAGUGAAGCUCAAUAUAUCCUCAAACAGGCAGGGCAGCAAGAUAUUAGAGAGAUUAAGGGUCUAGGUGAUCGGCUCUGCAAACUGGAGGAGUUCCGGUUUAAAAUCAAGCGCAUGGGACAGGAUCAAAAAGAGCUAUCCACUGCGUUCCAACAAAAUCAAAAUCGAGCAAACAAUUUGCGUGAUGCAUCUAUAUUACCGGACCUUUGCGCCUCGCAUCAAUCGCAAUUGGCGGUAAUGGUUGGAAACCAUCAAAAAAUUCGCGAAUACAGACGCAUCAUUGCCAGAGCAAAGGACGAGCUAAGCUUAAAUAUUCACAUGCGCUUAAAUCGCAUUGUGCACGUUGAGAACAGCAUGAGUGAGUUCGAUAAUCGAUUGUUGUUCUAUUUGCGUUGCCUGCGUCGUGCCGAACGGCACAUACAGAUUAUCGAACAGAUACAUCAAGCACCAUGUAUUUAUGUGGCCGCCGUCACUGAGGUGGUGCGCCGCAAAAUCUUUUCCGGUGAGUUCCGUUUGUGGGCCUCGAAACUCGCUGAAGACUUCGAUAUCAUUCACAACGAAGAGAUCAAACGAAGACAGCAAUUCAACGCUAAUUUCGACGGACACUUUUUAAACAUUCUAUUCCCCGGCAUGAACGAUAUGCCACCUACCUUUGCGAACGAAACUCCCUUACUUUUCGAUGCGCGCUUGCCGAACAUCACCAAGUCCGACAUUGAUGUUCUAUCGUCCCACCUGCCAGAUUUGGCUCCAGAAAUCCAGUUACCCGACAUGGGACCUGUGAUAAAUUUUUUCGUCUCACGUUCGGGCCCGCAUCAGAAGGAGCGCAUGGAAGAACUGCUGCGUUUGCAAUUAGCUGCCGCUCUAGGCAGCUCAGCCUCGGUGGAGGAAGCAAUGAGUACUGGCGAAAAGCCAUUGCAACACCCAAGGCUCGGGGAGCUGCAAAAGGUCGGCGUUUGCUGUGAGGGAUCCGAAACCGAUACGGAGACCGAGUUCGAAAAGCUGCCAGUUAUGGUAGAUGAAGCAACACAAUCAGCAACACCGAUGUUGAUCACGACAGCCACAUCUACUACUAUCGUGGAAACAGUUGCACGCAGCGCAGCAACUUCCACAUUAUUAAUGCAGAGCGCUGAGACACUCACAGAUGAAACGGAAUCGUCCGCCCGUGCUGAGGUGGAACGUUUACGUAGCAUUUUAAGCGCCAUGUAUAAGCUUUCGUCAGAAUGCAUACGAUUAGCUCGUGCUGACUUGGAACAAUGCCGCACCGGAACUGCGACAUACCGCGAAGAUCUCCAAUCCGAAUUACAAAUGCUCCACGAUCAGUGGAACUUAAUUCGCAUGCAAAGUGAGCAGCGCGAGCAACAACUGCUCCAAACGAAAACUAUGCUAAGUGAUACGGUGCAGCAGCAUGACAAUGAAUUUGCCAUUUUGCGUCACCAACUUUGCGACACAGAAGCUCUACACUCGCAGCUACAAGAAUUGAAAGAUCAACUUAGUGCAGCUCAAAUGGAGCAGCAACGUGCGGUUGCUGCAGCACGAGAAGAACUCUUACACGAGCACAAAUCGGAAAUCGAAUCACUGCGUUGCCGCUAUAAACUCAUGACUUCCAUGGAGCUCUCGCCGUCCGAAACGAGUCUCGAAAAGAUAGAGCGCCCGCCAUCCAACAUCGACCAGCACAUGAUCGACCACAGUGAACAUGAAGCAAUUGUAUCCCAAUUGCGUGCCACUUUUGAGAGUGAAAAAGAAAGGUCGAUCGCCGCAGCAGUCGAUAUAGAACGCACCAUUUGGCAAGCAAAACUCAAUUUGAACUCAGAAUCUGUGAUGGGAAAUGUAAACAUAUUGAAGGAGAUGCUCGAAGAGAAAGAUCGACAGCUAGAUCUGGUGCGUAAGCAGAAUCUCUUGCUUACUAAAGAGAUCUAUCAGUUGAAAACACGAAUCGAUGCACUCACCAAUGAAGAGGGCAACAGUUGGCUAAAGGAGAAAAUAGAAUAUUUGAAUCGCGACAAAAAUCGUCUGGAGGAAGAGCUUACCGUUGAAAAAGAGCGUUCGAAACGCUUAGAGAUGGAGACCUCAUACGCAGCUUUAAGGGCUUCAAGUUCUAGUCACAAGUAUAUGCUGUUGGACUCAUGCAAUAAGGGCGAUAUCGUGUUCGUCGUGUGGAGUGUGCGUCAUAAUCAGUACAUGGUGGUGCAGGACUCACCAGUUUUAUACUUUGUCCACGGGGACAGCCUGUCAGCAAUGAAUCUGCGUAUGCCGCUCCCUGCACCGAGCGAAAGUACAACGUUGGAAAAUAUGCUCCUACCGGUGCCUUAUUAUGCUAUCGGGCGUGUUGUCGAUAGAGAGUACUGUCAGGCUAAGAAGGAUGAAAAUCGCUAUCGCGUCUCUAAGGGUACAAGAUUCUAUCGCAUAAAACUAGCCCCAUUGUCCAGCAUGCAACAUUUGAUGCCUCGUCGAGAAAAAAUUGAGUCAUCCUUUUGCGCGUCCACGUCCACGUCUAUAUCGCAAUGUGAUACAAGCACUGACAACGAGUCCACUGCAUUGAUGCCCACUGGCUGUAAGGCUCUUGUUGCCGUUAGUAGUUGUAAUCCAGCUUCGCCAACACAGCGACUACAACAGUUUUUCCCGAACAUCAGCGCUAUUGAGGAGAGCAUUAUAACCACGACGGCAACAACAUCAACAAACGAUGUAGUUGAUUUCACCACAGCACGCCCCACAACUGCUGGCAAUUUAGGAACAGAGAUCACCUCAAUGCACACAGAGGAUGAUGAUGAUAAUAAUGCCGCUUCGACAUCCUUGAGUGAACGUUGUCGCUACACUAGCAUUAGUGUAGAGGAAGAGACGCCAACGACUAUGAUACCCACUCCUACUCAACAAUUACUGCUACAGACUGUGAUAACAGAGCAACCAACCGCAUCGGGUAAUCAGCAUGCCAUCCCCAUAAUAACGGGUCCCGACACUGAGGCUGGAGACAUUAGCGGCUGUUCAGCGGAUAUGAAGAACACAUCGUUUGCCACCACCUGCAGCGAAGAUUCGGAUGAGUAUCGCUCUUUGGAACCCAAGGAUGAGACGGAGUUCACCGUUUCGGAAUAGUGAUGCAUUAUUUCAUUUCUUUAUUAAAUAUUCUUUAACAAAUAAGAUCGGAACUAAAAAAUACUACCUUGAGAUACGCUUGAGGUGGCCAAAAAUGAG